CUCACCUCGAGCUGGCGCUGCCUCCCCGCUCUGCCGCCGGCGCCUCGCCCGUUCGCCACUGCGCCCCGCUGCUGUCCCCUUGGCGCCUGGCCCCGCCGAGGGGCAGGUGGCCAGCCCAGCCCUCUCCCCCGCUGCCUGCUGCGGCUGCUGCGUCUCUCGUCCCCCGCUGCAGGGAAGUCGCAGCGGCGAUUGCCAAGCGGGAGGAGAGGACAGGAGAGGAGUGGAGCCGCCGGCGGCUCGGGCAGCGCGCUGCGUCUGGGUCUCCGGGAAUGGACUGGGCUUCGUCCUGCGCCUCAACCUGCCCGUGGAGACGAGGGCGGUGAUCGUCCGCCCAGCCCGCCAGGGAGGAGAGGCACCCCGGUUAAAUGUCACGGCUCCCCGUCCGCUCCCCGCCGCCACCCCGCGCAUCGCUCACCUCGGGAGGGGGCUGUGAAGGUGGCGGCAGAGGCAGCCUCGGCUGCGGCGCGCCCCACUGCCGCUCGCCGUGAGGGAGCGCCCCGGCAGCCGCCAGACAGUUAAGGAGGUCUGAAGAUUGGAAUAUCAGUGGCCCUGUGCCGAGUUUAACAAUUAAGUGAGGCGUGGAGCUGGAAAACUUGGCAGAAAACUCUUUUGACUUUCCUGCUUGUACCUAUGGAACCUCGUUUGCAAGGUUGGUAUUAAGAUAGUCUGAAGGAAGGAAGUGGUGGAAGACUUUCACCACAGUUCUGAAAAAUUAGCAGUGUCAACCUGGUUCUGUGAUUGUCUCCAGGACUUGGACCCUCUAAGUUUUAAGUAAAAUUCUGCUCUGUGUUGGACAAUGGAGACCCAGGCAUCAAUCAGUGACUGAUCUGUAUGCACUGGAUUAGAUGGAAAAAAACCCACCAGCACCUCAAUGCAACAUAUUCAGUUGAUUUUUAAAGUCUGUUUCAGGCAUUAUGAGUGUGGUGUCCUGAGAGAUGCUGUUGUCCAUGAGAGGCUGGGAUUAUUAUGAUCAAGUGCUGUAUUUUGACUUCACCCAGUGGCUUAAAGAUUUGUGGGGUGAAGAAGAAGUGUUGGACUUUUAAGAGAAUUAAACAGGCCCGUGACGGAGGGUUAGCCCAGAUCAGUGGAAUCAUGCGUUACACAGCUCUAUCAUGCUGGCAGCUGUUCCUGGGUCUGGCUGUGCUGCUUUUCUUCACAAGCCCCACUGCGGGCUGCCCAGCCCGCUGUGAAUGCUCAGCACAAAACAAGUCUGUCAGCUGUCACCGCAGACGUCUGAUGUCCAUCCCAGAAGGCAUUCCCAUUGAGACCAAAAUCUUGGACCUCAGCAAGAACCGACUGAAAAGCGUUAACCCUGAGGAAUUCACAUCAUACCCAUUGCUGGAGGAGAUUGACCUCAGCGACAAUAUUGUCUCCAACGUUGAGCCUGGAGCUUUUAACAAUCUCUUCAACUUGCGCUCCUUGAGGCUGAAAGGAAACCGUCUGAAACUGGUCCCCCUUGGGGUGUUCACUGGGUUGUCAAACUUAACAAAGCUUGAUAUAAGUGAAAACAAGAUUGUCAUUUUGCUGGACUACAUGUUUCAAGAUCUGCAUAACCUAAAAUCCCUGGAGGUUGGGGACAAUGAUUUGGUGUAUAUAUCACACAGGGCCUUCAGUGGGCUGCUUAGCCUGGAGCAGCUCACCCUGGAGAGAUGCAACCUCACAGCUGUACCAACAGAAGCCCUUUCUCACCUCCACAACCUCAUCAGCCUGCAUUUGAAACAGCUCAACAUUAAUGCUUUGCCGGCGUACGCCUUUAAAAGACUGUUUCGCCUGAAGGACCUGCAGAUAGAGGCCUGGCCCCUCCUGGACAUGCUGCCUGCCAACAGUCUGUACGGUCUCAACCUGACUUCUCUAUCCAUCACAAACACCAACCUGUCUGCAGUACCUUACUCUGCUUUUAAACAUCUGGUUUACCUGACACAUCUCAACCUGUCUUACAACCCCAUCAGCACCAUCGAGGCGGGCAUGCUGUCGGAUUUAGUGCGCCUACAGGAGCUCCACAUGGUGGGGGCACAGCUGCGUACCAUUGAACCACAUGCUUUCCAAGGGCUCCGAUUCUUACGCGUGCUUAACGUGUCCCAAAACCUGUUAGAAACCCUAGAAGAGAAUGUAUUCCAUUCCUCCAAAAGCCUUGAGGUCCUCUGCAUUAACAACAACCCUCUGGCCUGUGACUGUCGUCUUCUUUGGAUUUUGCAGCGGCAGCCCACCUUGCAGUUUGGUGGUGAGCCACCAAUGUGUGCGGGCCCAGACAGUGUCAGAGAGAGGUCAUUCAGAGACUUUCACAGCACAGCUCUCUCCUUUUAUUUCACCUGUAAGAAGCCCAAGAUACAAGACAAGAAGUUGCAGUACCUGGUAGUGGAGGAAGGACAGACCGUGCAGCUCAUGUGCAAUGCUGAUGGGGACCCACAGCCUACCAUCUCCUGGGUUACCCCACGCCGGAGGCUGAUCACAACUAAAUCAAAUGGUAGAGCCACUGUGCUGGGAGAUGGCACCCUGGAGAUACGAUUUGCCCAAGACCAGGACACUGGGAUAUAUGUCUGUAUUGCAAGUAACGCAGCUGGGAAUGACACCUACUCAGCCUCCCUGACAGUAAAGGGGUUUACUUCAGACCGUUUCCUUUAUGCCAACAGGACCCCUAUGUAUAUGACAGACUCCAACGACACAAGUUCUAAUGGAACUAAUGCAAACAGCUACUCUCUGGACCUUAAGACAAUAUUGGUGUCCACAGCUAUGGGCUGUUUCACAUUCCUUGGAGUGGUUUUAUUUUGUUUCCUUCUUCUUUUUGUGUGGAGCCGAGGGAAAGGCAAACACAAAACCAGCAUUGACCUUGAAUAUGUCCCUCGCAAAAACAAUGGUGCUGUGGUUGAAGGGGAGGUUUCUGGACCACGAAGGUUCAAUAUGAAAAUGAUUUGAUGAUAUUCUGCUAGCAGUGCUUUUUCUGUGGCAUUAAAACCAAUUAAAACAGCCUGGCAUGUGGAAUUGCUAGGCAGAAGCAGCUUAAUGCAGCUGUCAGUGUAUCAAAAGGUUAUAUGAAAAUGGAAAGACUAUUUGUGGUUAUACAACAGAGCCUCCAGACCUUGAGGCAGAUGUGUCAGGGCCUUUCAUAGAACUGGGAAAUUGUACUAACUGUUUGCAUUGCAAAUAUUGGCAUUCUGGGGAUAUCAGCAAUGAACCACUGGCUCAUGCUCAUGGACAAUUGUUCAACAUUUUCUACUGCUACAAAAGGAAAAGAAAAAAACCUACAGUGUAGGAUUUACAUACUUAAAGAAAAAGACACAUUUGUCUAAACCACACUCGGCAAUGAAAUUUGUAUCCAUAUAUCUCAUUUGGUAAAACUUUGCAUCCUCCCUUCUAGUUGGUUCAACACAAAAAAAAAUUGGUAGCUUUUUUUUUUAAAUCUACAUCUAUACUGUGUACAUUUUGAAGCAAUACAAAUGAGAGGUUGUACUUUUAGAUAUCCACCAAUACUGACCCAAGUGUGAUGUCACCCAUCUUUUAACUACCAUAAAAACCCAAAUUAGAUCCUUGUAGUUACUAAUUAGAAAUAAUAUAAGAUAUUUUUCUCCUCAUGUAGAAGGCCAGACCUGAAUAGUUGAGAGCAAAACCGCUCAACUCUGUUGAUCUACUCUUCAUAUAAAUAUAAGGCAUGUGCCUAGUUUUGAUACAGAAUGGAAUAUUUUUUAUAUCUGUGAUAUCACACUGGACCAGUUUACUGUAAUACAGCCCUGGCUCUCACACAGGGAAGGCAACCCACUAGUCAAUGCUGGCAUGGAGGAGUUGAGUUCUACCUUGAAGAGAGAGAAAUCAGUUUUGUUAGCCCUGAUAUUAAUUUCAAACCUACUGUUAAAAUGUUAAUGUGUACUGGGCCAAAUAAAGAGCAUAAUACAUUCUGCAGACUCCUUGGGAAAUAUGGUCAUCUUACUCUUUAUACAAGUGAAUUAAAACAUACAAACGUUACUAAGAAUGAACUCUUCUCCAAUGCCAAGUAAACUACAGUUGGUCAUGCAUAAUAUGGGGAUUUAUAAUACUAAAAUAAUGUUUAAAACAUGAUAGCCUCAAAAAGGCUGACAUACUGCCAGAUAUAAUGAACCUCUAGCCACUGUCAUUCUCAUCUUGUAUAUUUGUAGAUAACACAAAGCUGAUUUCCAAGAACAGAUUCCUUAGCUAUUCUUGAUGCCAUUUUAAUAACAAUGUGGUUAUGUUUCUUUCAGGGGCAGUAUCUUAGAGCAAGAGGGGCAAGUUUUUCCAGAUUUUAGGAAUCUUUUUAAAUGGAAAGAAGACAGAAGUGGAACAUUAGUUCAGUACAAGUAACCUUUUGUUUGUUUUAUUUUUCCAAAGAAAUCUUCAAAAGACUGAAAAGUGAAAUUUUAUGCUUUAUCAUAAAUACCAUGAUUUUAUUUUUAAAUCCUUAGCAAUUGCAAGAUGCAAAGUUGUUCAGCCACCUCUCAAGUUUUCCACCAGUUAGGAGCCAUAAGUUUGUCAUACAUGGUUGAUAGCAAGUACCAUUUUUAAAUGAUUGGCAUAAUCUGGAGACAGGAUGACAAUUAGUACAUCUAUGUUUAACCAAGAUGAAUAUGAAAUAUUAUAAAACAGAACCUUCAGAUUAAUGUGAUUGAAGAGCCUGUGUUCAAUCUUAGUAUUAGAUUUUGGCAUUUUGAAACCAAGGUCAGGCUGAUAUAUGAUAGGAUGCAAGUGCUUCUAAAAUUAGUAUCCAUGUUCUUUGCAGAGAUUUUAAAAGCAGGAUGAAAAGUCUCCCACUUCUAUCAAGGGAAAUGUGCCAAAAGUUGUAAAAUUCAGCUGCACUCCCCAGAGAUACCCAUAACUUAGCUGCAGGACCCAAGGCUAGGCAGCUUUGAGAAUCUCUUUUUUUAGUGAUUGAUCAUUGGUUGCGUUGUUGCUUCAUUUUAGAUUGUCCAACUGAGGAGGUUGCAAGGGUUCAUAGAAUUUUUUUCACUUAACUUGGCUUUAAGUUUAGAAUUGGGGUUUCUUGCUUCGUUUUGUUUUAUGCUCUGAACUAGACAGUUGGAGAUUUAUGGACAUGCUUGAUAAGAAUACUCUUAGUUCUAUGACAUUUCUAGAACAUUAAUAUAAUGGAACAACCCCUGACUAAAUUCUAACACCAGGGAAAUUAUUUUUGUUGACGUAAUAACCACUGCACUGAAGUCCAAAAUUCUACUGUACCUUAAUGCGGGCAGUUAAAGAAACAAAUGGGGAUAAAACAAAAUGUUUCUGAACUGUCCCUUGAAGACAUUUGCAUGUGCCUUUCCCUUGUAAUUGUCAUUUUUUUCAACUAGUUAUCUAUUGCCCCUGCAGUCAUUUCAUGUUAAAUGUUAAAAUCAGUGUUAGAAGCAAAAAUUCACCUAAGUUCUAGACAUUUUCAGCUGAUUUCUUCAUAUUAAAUUACACAAUAAAAAAAAAUAAUCUCAAAAAACACCACCCUAGAAAACAUGUACUUUUAGUAUUAAUUAUGAGUUGCUGUAUUCCCCUAUUCCCUUGGAAUGACUCUAAGAAGUGAUUGCAGCUAGUGCACUGCAAGGAUUUGUGAGCAGAAAUGUGCUUAGUUAUCUAUGUGAAUGUGUGCUGGUGAUGGAAAUCACCGCUUGCUGUUGCUGAGCACCACCUUGCAGAGCUGUCAGCGUUCUGUGUAUUGCCUUGAGUUCAGUCAGUAUUCAGUUUUUCAGAAUCAGUGUUCGUUCCCUGCCUCUAGCAAUGUUCUACUUUUUGCAGCCUACUUAUUUCAGCAUGGACUUAACAAGGCAUAUGGCACCUCUUAACAGAAGUGAGGACAGCAAGACCCAGAGACACUUUUGUCUUGCUCCACAUAGUCUCCUUCUUAUGUAUUUGUGGGACACAUACUUACUAUGGCUCUUUUGGGUGAAUAAGGAAUACAGUGUCAAAGUCAGACCCAGACAAGAACCUUUUUGGCAAUUAUUUUAAGAACUGUGGCUGAAUGCUUACCCUGCCUCUUGAAGGAGUCAAUUCUCUGCUAGAGAUCAAGGAGAUGCACCACAGUUUAUUUUACUGCAGGGGAGAAAAAGGACUGGGCUGCGAGAAGGCAUCUGACCCAUAUGUCUCCCCUAUCAUAUAUUCAGAAACAGGUUGGUAGUGCAUACCUGGCACUAAAAGAGGAAUCAAAGGUUUUAACCUACCUCUGACUUGUAUACUGGCUGGUCUCCAUGCUGACACUAGCCUGAAUUUACCUGGCAGCCAGUGCAACAAAACUCUGAGAAGCAGCAAUAGUUCUGCAAAAAAGGAGAAAACUGAAAAUGUCCGAACCAGCAAAGGAACUUGAGAAAACAGGUACUAAAAUAUCCUUGUCAAUAACUCCUGUAAGAGCAGUGCCCGGGCCUCUCGCAAAUAUGUUUUGAAGUCCACUUACACAGAUCAGUAUGAAGAUAAGAACAGAUGAAUGUACAAGUGUUUACAGAAUCACAGUGAAUCACAGAAUCAUUUAGGUUGGAAAAGACCUUCAAGAUCAUCAAUUCUGACCUUUAACUGAUCACCACCCCGACAACUAGACCAUAACACUAAGUGUCACGCCCAGUCAUUUAAUGAACAGCCCCAUGGAUAGUGUCUCCACCUCCCUGGGCAGUCCAUUUCAAUGCUUAAACACCCUUUUAGUGAAGAAAUUCUUCCUGAUGUCCAACUUGAAUCUCUUCUGGUGCAGCUUGGGCCUAUAUCUUCUCCUCCUGUCACUGGCUGCCUGGGAGAAGAGGCUGACCCUCAUCUGGCUACAACCUCCUCCAAAGGAGAUGUAGGGAGUCAUAAGUUUCCCCUGAGCCUCCUUUUCUCCAGACUGAACACCUCCAGUUUCCUCAGCUACUCCUCAUAGGACUUACACUGUAAGUCUCUCCUAGCUCUGACUCCUCCCUAGCUCUGUUGCCCUUCUCUGGACACAUUCCAGCACUUCAAUGUCCUUCUUGUAGUGAGUGGAACAGGAACUGCACACAGGACUUGAGGUGUGGCCUCACCAGUGCCAAGUACAGGGGGACAAUCACUGUCCUGCUCCUGCUGGCCACACCAUCACUGAUACAGGCUAGGACACCAUUGGCCUUCUUGGCCAUCUGGGCACACACUGGCUCGUGGUCAGCUGCUGACAGCCAGCCCUCCCUGGUCUUCUGCUAGGCCACUUUCCAGCCACUCCAUCCCCAGCUUGCAGCACCCCAUGAGGUUAUUGUGACCCAAGGACAGGAUCCAGUGCUUGGCCAUUUUGAACCUCAUUCCAUUGGCCUUGAAAUAUUAAUCCAGCCCGUCCAGAUGGCUCUGCAGGGCUUUCCUGCCCUCCAGCAGAUCAACACUCACAUCCAACUUGAUGUCACCUGAAAACUCACUGAGGGAGAACUUCAGAUCAUUGAUAAAGAUAUUAAACCAGAUUGGGCCCAGUCCUGAACCCUGGGAACAUAACCAGUGACCAGAAACCAACUGCUUGUGGCAGCAUUCACCUUUCUUUGGGCCUUGAAAACUUCAAACAGUUUUUAAUCUAGCCCUUUUCCAAACCAGUUUAACUUUCCUUGAGUUAAAGAGAACAUUGAAGCAAUGGAUGCAGAAAAGGGAUGUUUGCUAUGAUUUGCCAAAAAAUCAUUUGCAAGCAGCACCCCACCUCAACCUUUUUUUAAGUUUUGAGUUGGUUCUCUGGUUUUUGUCCCUUCUUCUUUCUUCUUAACUUUGCAACUUUCUUUGCAGAGCGGCUUUGUCCAUUAAAACAUAAUGUUAGAUUCAGACUGGGAAGAUUCAGACUGCUUUUACCCUCUGUACCCACCUUAUUAUACAUUCACACAUAAGUGCCAGCACAGGCAAUAGCUCCUGAUACAACUGGAGACACCAAGGCCCCUAGAGAACUGCUGAUCUCACUGGACAUUUUUUAACUAAACUUCAUUUCAGCUGGCUUCAUUAUCAUACUGCCAUUCAAGGUUUCCUUUAUUUACUUGAAUGGUAGCUAUCUUUUUUUUCCUUAUUUGCUUAAUUUUGAUUUUGCAUCACCUAUGACAACAACAAUUAUAACACAAUGAAGAAAAUUAAGAAAUGCUAUACAUUACACCCUCAGCACGACAAAUUGUAAUUCAGGCAGAUGAGACAACAUAAGAAGUCAGCAUUAAUAUUUAAUAGAAAGUUAUAUCUGAACUUUGUAAUAGAAGAAAAAACUGGCAAGGAGAUUACUGAGGUAUAUAGGCCAUGUUGCAACUAAAUCACAUCUAAGAUGUGAAACAGACUUUCAUACACCAUGCCUGGAUAUCUGUUUUUGACAUUAGACUUUCCCAGAAAGACUCUCAGAAUGUAUGAAUGUCAGAUAUCUGCAUUUAACUCAUGAAAAGACAAAGCAGUUCCUGAAAAUUCAGGUGAGCAAGCAAUUUCUGGCUGCCCAAGGACAACAGCAGUUUCCAGCAAGGACAGACAAGAAACUACAAUCAUGCAGUUAUUUUGCCUUAUUCACUACUGCAUCCCAUGACAAUGCAGUCCAUUAGCCACCAAUAAAAUGCACAACCCUUACUCAAUUUUCUUCACAGGAGGCAAUAUUUGCAUAAUAGGCUACAGUCUGUUCCACCUCCAGUUAGAGCAGUGAAACAUCCAGCAAGAAGUGAGGAAGAGGAAGCCCCUUCUGACCAGUUUGCUAAUAAGCUUUUACUAUUGAGUGGUCCUAGCCUAUCUGGGGCUAUCAUGAUGACUGUUUGUCCAUUCCCAUCCUCUGCUCACCAUGUGGCUUGGCAUGGAGUAGUAGGGAAAAUAAUAUACAGUCAAGUUGUCCCUCCUCCCUGAACUGUAAUUCUGAUGAGCAGCACAGCAGCAGUGUCUUAGAAAUCUUGGUCUGCUGCAGAUGAUCAAUGGUUUUGCCAUAAAACCACAUGUGGGAAAAAAUUGGAUACAUGCUUUCUGAUGUUCUUUCAAUAUCUUGUGUGAUUGACUGCUCUUUGUGCUAAAAAGAACCAGGAAAGAAGUAAUUUAAAACUCAAUUGUGUCUGAAGGAGUUAAAGGGACAUCUUUAGAAAGUCAAAGGGCCUGAUUGCUGGAGAAUGUUUCAAGAAAUGAAUGAGAUUUUUCAAGUUAGCCAAGCAAUUUGGAUGCCCUGUUCUUAUUAUCUGUAAUAAGAAUUAAAAUCUCAAUUUUCCUUGGCAGCUUAGAAGAAUCACAGUUAUUUCAGAGACACAUGCUCCUUUUGUCUGUCUCCUAGCUCUGCUCAAUUCCCUUCUCGAUUUCCAAUGACUGUAAUGCCAAAGGUAGAUCUCUGGAUUAGGUUAAAUUUCAUUGAAUAUUCACAUGGCUCUUGGAAUCUAAAUCUUAAAGCAGGAUCCUAAACCUUCUUCAAGCCAAAAAUAAAAGUAAUAAAGAAAGAAGAAGCUUGAGUAAACCUCCUUUUGCAAAUUAAAUAAAUCAAAUUCUGUGAGAAUCCUGCUACUAAGAUAGCUACAUGUGAAAAGCCAUCUGCAGGAAUUUUUGGGGUUUGGGGGGUUUUUGUUUUGUUUUGCUUUGUUUUAUCUUUUUCACUAGAAGCAGGUGGUUGGGUGUAAGGCCAGCUGGAAAUAAAAAUCUGUAUUUAUAGCAUCAGCAGAAUGAGGAAAAAGACUGCGCAGUGAAUAAAAUGCUCUAUGUUAUUUCAGCUUAAAAUGAAAGAUGUUUUCAUAUUAAAAUAGGUUAUAGAUACAUACAAAAGGACAGACUUUUGCCUCAUAAUUUGAUUUUCUGUAUUUAUUCAACGGUACCAAAAUUGUCAUGAAGCAGAACUGUGGCAGUAAGAGACAGAAAACAGAUUCUCUACUGUAGUCAGGCAAUAUAAAUCAGGAGAAAUCCUCUUGACACCAUUCUGUUGGUCCUGGUUACACUAGAAAUUUGAUAAAUCAAUCUAUCUUUUUUGAUUUCUACUAAGCAGGCUGUAUGCAGAACUGCAGAACUUAUGUAUUAAUUAUUUCUCAUCUUGUGGCAUCUUGUGCCUUUUAUUCUGGAUUGCUUUAAUAUUUACACUGCUAGCACAGCAGCAGAACAUGAAAAUAUACAUUCUGGGAAGAGAAGGAUAAAAGGAAAAUGGAAAUCUCUGACCUUGAAGAAGUCUGCCUAUUUCUACUCAUGGCAUUUGCAUGUCAGAAAUAUCACCUCCUCACACUUCAGGCCAAGAACAAUGGCUUUAAAGCAUUGUGCAUAGGCAGCUGCACAGGCAUCUAUGAAGACAAUGGUCAACUUGCACACAUUUUAGUAAUUUUGGUCUUUCAGAAAACAAAAUAUUAUUGCUUCUUAAAGAAUUAAUUUAUGUCAUUUUGAUACUAAAAGUAAACACCUUGGCUUCAUUACACUGGGCACUGUAUAAGUAGGAAGUAAAUUAUAACACUGACCUGUUGAGCUUACAGCCAUAUAGUAGGAAGUUGGCUUUUGAGCAAGUACACAUGGUAACAAGUCUCUCACUGUUUGUUGAGGGAAUGCCAUAGUGCAGAUAUAUUAAAAUAUCAUCACACUGAAAUCUGUUUGCAAGCACAUGUAGUUCAUAUGUACAUGUUUGUGUGUGAAAAAAAUAGUUAUAUUUGUUUUGUUUCUUUCUUAUUUCAAGUAUUAAAUGUAUAUUGUUUUUAAAAAGUGACAAGAUUAACAUGAAAAAUUGUGCUGUAAUUUAUUUUGAUAUAUAUGAUCAUGAGUAUGGAUGGGAAAUGAGACAGCCUUGCUGUCAUGAUCCAUGAAGCACAUGACAAUUCAGGUUUGUCCGGAAGUUUGCUUCAUGUUUGAGCAAAAUAUGCAAAUAUAAUGGAAAAAAAAAACCAACAAAAAAAAAAAAAAAACCAAAAAAAAAGCGCUUUGUUGUUAAGACAGUUGUCCUGAAUGUCAUUUUAAAAGUUACUUUAGGGCUUAUGUCAUGAUGUGUGUCAUACUUAUCCACAAUGAAACCCAAAUAAAUAAUUCCAUGGAGUGGCAAAAUUUACUUGCAAAAGUGAAGAAAAUUUACAUUGUUUCCCCUAUUGUGGCUGAACACUUUUUUCCCCAGGGUGCAGUGUAGAAAACUAACACCAGAAAAAUACACUUUCCUUACAGAGGUCCUUAGUGCCAGGUCUUCACAACAAGCUAACUUUUCAGGCCCAUCCCUCUUGAACUGAGAAUCUGAAUGAACACAGUGAGAAAGACAAGACUCUGGCAGGUAUUUCUCAGUUACUCACUCUCCUCCUUCAUUGCAUGAAGCCCUCAAACACAGAGAAAAUACCCGGGUCUCAUUCAGAUGCGUAUUGGGAUUUAUUAUCCGUACAAAGUAUCAGGGAGCCUGUGUCCUCACUUCUACACAUGCAGAGUGUUCAGGUGACUGACGGGGAUACCAAUCAAGUGGAUGCUGGAGGAAGAAAAGCAUGGCACUUAACAGCACCACAGAGAGAACAGCAGAAAGAUAGAUUUCACCAGCUGCGUCACUUGGAAGGCAACAAAUACUGAAAAUCUGCAUUUGAAUCAUGGUUACUGAGGAAAUCACCAGUAUUCAAACACCUCUGUAAUUACAAAAAAAUUAAGUGGUGGAAAGUAGAUUCUGCUGAGGUUGAAACCCAUUUCAACCCCCUGAGACUUGCCACAACCUACCAAGCGUUCAUCAGAGAUCAGCUUUGAAGAAGGACGCAGGCUGUAAUCUAAACUAUUGCUACUCCUAUUUUUCCACAGUUAGAUACUUUUACCAACAGCAUUUUUUUUCAUGAUUUCUGGGAUAAUCUGAAUUAAGAUUUAACACCUGAAUACCCCUUAUAGUCUAACCAAGGGUCUUGUUCUCUAGAAGGGAAAACAGUUACUGUCUCAGGAAAAGAAGAAGCAACUUGAAAUCCUGAUAAAUUGCUAGGAGCAGAGACAGACAGGGGCUGAAUCUGAGCUCUCCUAUGUCCCCUGAAAUGUGUCUUAUCCUCCUGCAUUUGCAUUUGACACCUCCAAAAAAUUUUGAAUGAUUUACACCAAUGUACCCUCCUCUGGAGCAGAAUGUCAAAUGCAAAUGCAAAUUGUCAGAGAAACUUUACUAUUCAUUUUAUUACAGUAAUCUAUUUUAUUUAUAAUAUUUUUAAUCAGAUUGGCAGUCAAAUGUACUGCAGUACUGCCUUCAGUAUGACAUGAAAAAAGAGCCAUUUUCCCUACCACUGCACAGGGAACAGAGGUUUAUCUCCAAAGGUUCCUCCAUCCUAAUAUUACUCUAUAUCAAGAGGUAGAACCUGUUCCUAUAUCACAAGAUCUAUUCAGCAAUUUCCAGUUCUUACAGUAGAAGCAGCUACUAGUUUUCUCCAUGAUAACCAGGUAGAGAAUAACACCAUCACAUCAGGCAAUCACUGACACAUUCAUCAAAAAUAAGGAAAAAAAUUAAAAUUUAUUAAUAACUCCUAACAGACAAACACACUUUAGAUUUUUAAAAGCAUACAAAAUUUUCUAAAGCACAGUCACUUUCAAAAAUUUUUAAUAAUAUUUAUAUUAUUGCACAUCUACUAUAGAGGAUUUGCCACAGAGUUAUUAGCCCCUAUAUUGGAUAAUACAGACAUCUUUAAAUAAACAAAUCUUGGCAUCCAAAGUUUAUUUUAAGUAAUGCCUGGGUUUAAUAUUUUUGUAUUUUUAAAAGCUGAUGGGAAAUUGAAAAUCCCACUACUUACCAAGUAAACUCAAUUCACAGAGGCUGAGUUAUUCUCAUAUAAGGGAAUGCUCACAGUGAAUUUUCUGCAUCAUAAAACCUUCCCACGUACAGCUGUAGAUGACAUACUAUUAAAAAACAACAAAAAAGGGCUUUGUUCAUCUCUGGUACUAUCUGAAACUGGAGGAGAGGCUGGUAAUUCAUACUGGGAAAGCACAAAUAAAGUGUGAAAAUGUUGGAUUAAGAAAUGCAGAGUUAUUGCAAAGGAACUGGCCUUUCUGUCUACUCAGGCUCUGUAGCGGUCUGGGAAAUUAGACUAAAUUCCUUCUUUCCUAGAUACAGGAAAUUCCUCAUUUUCCCUCUCUUCUUGGAAGCUUAAAUUUCAAUCUUAGUAAUCAAUGGGAAAUGAAAUACAGUAAGAAGUUAGUAAAAUGUGGGACUGGAUAGUAAACAUUAAUAGAAAUUAAAACAUACCUAAAAAAUUAUGUUACAUUGGUAGUUAGCUUGUUGUCCAAGUAAUUCUGGAAUUAUUUUGGUUUGCAGAAUCUGGUUUAUUAAUUAAUAGCUAGGGGAUUCAUUCAGCUAGUUAAUGCUGCAAUCACCAGCUGGAAUAUCUUAUUUACCUCAUCAGUCCCUAAGUGGAAGUUAUAUUUUUCUGAGCUAUUUUCCAAUAACUUUCCUAUUUGUAUUACUCAAAAGCACAAGUGAUGGAGAGCACACUUAUUUUAUUAUAGGAAGACAAUGAUAACAAAUUUAAUCUAUUACUUUUGCUAAGAGACCUCUUUGCUGUUUUUACAAAGAUUAAUAGUUUACAUCCUUAUCUAAAUUAUAGCUAUCACUAAAGCCAAACAUCUCACCUUAAGAAUCUAUUGACUUUUUUGCAUCUGUGCAGUGCAGCAGUUCUAAUGCACUGCAAAAAACAUUUUGCUUUCACAUUGAACAGGCAUGCCAUGCAGAGGGGUUAGAGGCAAUGCAGCCUUCUGAGUUGCAGAAACAUUUGCAUUUUAAUGGGCCUUAUUGAAUUUUUGUUGGCUUUUACAGGUUUGGCAGACUGUCACAUUUUGUUAAAGGAUAUCAGAUCAUCCUUUCCUGGCUCGGAGAAGGCAUAGCUUUCAGUUUAUAACACAAACAGAAGGCUGCAACUCAGGAUUUCUUAGCUGUAAUCAAAACCCUGGGCCUCUAACUCUUCAGAGAAUACAAUAAUAGUUACCUUUCAAAAGGAUGAUUCUACCAUUUUCCUAAGGGUUAUAAAGCCAAGCAGUUAUAGUUCACCCAUACCUGUGUGAGGAAUGAAAAUUUUAAUGGAGGUUGGUACCAAACAAAGAAAAUCUUUUUUAAGAAAUGCAAGCCCUGCUGCUCAAAGCGCUCCUUUUGGCAAGGUGGUGACAGCAGUGGUCUGCCCUGUGAUCAGCCUUUCCAACAGUUCUAAAUUAAAGGAUCUUGCAGAGCAGUGGCAGUGUAUGAAAGAAAAUUGUCAUGAGAGAUGCACACCAACAAGAUGCUGACUUUUAUGCAGUUCAGUGGUAUUUUCAAUGAAAGGACCUCUUAAUGCCUCACUUAAUUAGUUGGUUUGCAAUGCUUGAAAACCAUUUUUAUUUCCUAAAGCAUCUACACAAUUUGUGUCUUUGCCUUUGAUUAUAGAUGAGAAAUGCUGAAAUGAAUGCAAAACACACAUCAAUUGUCAAGUGUCACACCAAGCACUCAGACUACUACAAAAAUAUUUGUUUCGUCCUUAUACAAGACUAACAAAACUGAGUCCUACAAUUUCUCCAUUCUCUAAUCCAAGUUUCUUGAAAGAAAACUAGUAUUUCCACAUGUUUCCCCGCUCUUUAAUAGAUAAAGUAACAAGGAUACACUUUUCAAAUUACUGCUGCCAGUGUUUAUCAUAGGAAAUUUGUCCUGACACAACUCAAUUUUCCACAACAUUGAGUUGUGGCCAACCUCAUCUUCAUCUUUUAAUCAAGAUUGUUUUGCUUAUACAUGAGCCAAACACUUGGAACUUCCCCAUUCCCAGCUUCUGCUUUUGAGCUGAAGCCAGAAGAUUUUGCUGUGAAUGUCAGUGAAGUAUGUUUGAUAGUUAAUGGUUACAGCCUUGCAUCCAGCAGUCACUGUAAACUAUUUCUGAGGCAUGGCCUCUCUGGCAUGAUUAAAAGUAACAACUACUCCUUGGGAAGAAGAUUAACCAGUACCUCCAUUUUAUUUUUCAAGACCUCCAUCAGCUUUCAGGACAAUGGAAGAUGUGUGUCCAAGUCAUUUAGAACUGAAGGAAAUAUUUGCUGGAUGUGCUUGUCAUCUUAGGGAACUGCAUACAAAAAGGCAUGUGAGAAAUAAAUUUGUCCUUUAAGGGUUAAAUUACUGAAGCAGAAAUCUAAAAUGCUGCACAUAAAAGGAGGUAUGCGUUAAAAAAAAAUACCUCGGGUGGGUUUUACACUGUAAGAAUGAAAGUCAGAAACAUGAGUAAAAAGUAAACUCAUUGAUGAGAAAAUUAUUUUUUCAAUGUAAUAAAAUGCUCCCUUCAGAGAGGAGGAUCAUAAAAUACAUUUCCUCCAGUAUUUAAACACAAGGAUUCUCCUCUCUCCUCGUUCAAAGAGGAGAUCUACAAACCACCUCAUUUCAGUACAAAUACUUUCUUAAAAUGCAUUCUGUUAUGUUCAAAAUAUCAACCCUUCCUGGAUUUUCAACAGCUGUUGUAAUUGUUUUUCAUAGAAAUCGAUUUUAAUUGUAACACUGUUCUGCUACAAGCCUAUUGUCUGUGUCCUUCUGAAUUGUCAAUUACCUAAAUGAAGAAAUAAAGGCUUGAAAGUGCA